UUUAAAAGAAAUAUUCUGGUUAAAUUUCAAGUGCUGCAGCAAAAUACUGUGUUAGUAAUGGAACUAAUGAACAACUUUGUGCUUUUAUAACUUCAAAUGCUGGAUAUGCUCUCUAAGCAGGUCUGCUUUAAAGUUUAGUGCAGGAUCUGCAUUUAAUUUGUAAUCGUGUUUUCUCUAAUCAGCACAGUGCUGCUUUCAGCUGGCAUCAGUUGUAGCAGAAGAAAGGCACCUGUGUUUGAGACUAAUGAUGCCAGGCUCUCAUAGGCUCUGUUAGCAGGGCUGUGUCCUCAGCCCAACUCACUGCACCAUUGCUUUGUAGUGAUGCUUUUUAGGGAUAUGGUAGCUCAAAAUUUCUUUCCAGAUAGAACAUUAACCAGUUCUUGCUUGUCUGAUCUCUGUACCUCCAGAGAUGCAUAGAUUUGUAGCUGCUCCUAGGUGUGUGAUGCUGCUCAGUGUCUUGGCUAGCAUGUAUUUGUAACAUCCAAAAUCAAAAGCUUGGAAAAUCUCUUAUGUGUUAUUUUACUUCCAGAACUUUUGGAGCAGGUAACUUUGUAGCAGCUGUGAUGCUGCAGAGCAAAAGGACAAGGGGUCUCAGGCACCAAGGGCAGGUGCUUUGUGACCACAGAGGAGGGCAAUAUGGGGAGGAGAAGUGGUACAAGUGCUGCUGAGUGCUGUGAGUGGCAGUGUGUGCAGGUGGCAAACAAAACUCAGCUCUUUCACAUCAUGUGGCUUUUAACACAGUAUGGGGCUGUGAAAUGCAGGCGUUGAGAGCAGUUCUGUGUGCAUAACUUUUGUUGCAGAUACGUGUAAUGUAAGGUUUACUAGCUUGUCUUGCAUGGCUUUAACUGAUUCUCUUAAUUUUUACAUGGUAUCCUGGUUUGAAAGAGCAAGAACAUUUGUGAUCCUCAUUGACCCAACUGAAAAUAGUUUUUUGAUGGUACUUCUGGAAGACUUCUUUGACUCUGCAUUGGUGAUUUGCAAGUGCAGUAACGAAGGGAAGAAGCAGUUGGUGAACUUGUUUCUGCCUGAGCUAGGGCGUCUGGUGACAGAAGCAAGCGUUUGCUGUGCCCUGCGGCAGGAGGCUUUGAGGACUCUCAACUCUAUACUUGAUAGCAUCCCACGUGAGAGCAGGAAGAAACUCCCGCUGUCGGAGGAGGUGUGUUUCCUUACGAAGGAUCUUGCCAAAACAAUGCUGGAGGCUGGUGAUUAUGACCUUCAGGUUGCCCUUUCGGAAGCACUCUGUAGGCUAACGAUAAAAAAAUGGAGAGAUGACCUUGUUAACCACUGGUUUGAAGAUAAAUAUCUUGCUGAAGCUUUCAAAGAGAUCAAGGAUAAAGAAUUUGAGACGGACUGCAGGAAAUUUCUUAACCAGUUAAAUGAAAGGCUUGGGGAUAAAAGAAGAGUCUAUUCAUUUCCUUGCCUGUCUGCUUUUGCUGACGUGAGCCAGGUAAAGAAGCCAUCAGAUGAGAAGCUGGACAAGUUCUGGAUUGACUUCAACACUGGCAGUCACAGUGUGACUUUUUACAUAGAUAGUACUGAGGGUGUUCUUUGGGACUCUGUAAGGCUGCAGAAAGAAGCAGUCAGCUGUUACAGUCUGAAGGAGGAUGGUGGAGAAAAGAUAGUCAAAAUUUAUAUGAAGAUACCUGCUACUCUUAACAAAACAGAAGUAACAAAAAUCAAGUUACAUUUCAGUGCUGAGUAUGAAAUCUUUAGUAUACUUAAAAAAGUCCUUGGAGAUGAGAAAAUGAUGACAAACGUGGGUGAGGAGGAGCCCAUCCGCAAUGAGAAGCAAACCAGGCAGAGUGAAGAAGUGACAUCUCAAUCCAGUGUUCUACAGAAGAAAGAUCCUGAAAACUUAGAAAACGUGGAUUCCGUAGCAGAAAACUUGAUCUCGCAGCACAACGAGCAGUUAGUGGGCACUGUAGCACAGGAAACUUCUAACUCUGUUGUCACCGUGACUGCAGUGAACCAGCAGUCUGGCCUGGACGAAGCUGACCAAGGCUCAGAGAAAGCAGGCACACAAAAACAUUUACUAGUUGCUCCAGAGAGUGAAGCUGUAGUUUCCUUGUCUCCUUCAGCAAACAAGUCCAAAACUCUAUCUCCAAGGAUGGGUAUGAAGUCUAGUGGGAAGCCAUCAGAAGAGAAACUUACAGAAGCAUCAACGCCCAAGGUUGGUACCUUGGAAAGGAGAACCAGAAUAAAAGGUUUGGUCAAGCAGAAGACUGGAGGCAGGAAGGACUGCUAUGACUUUGAGGUCUCGGACUCUGCAAGUCAUGAGAAGGUUUCUGAAGCCAAAGAGAAGGCUUUCAGGAAGAAAAAUUAUUCACAAAAUCAGAGUUACAGGAAGCAUCUCUUCUCUGAAAGCAAUAAUGAAAAAACAAGCAACAGUGAGAGUGAGAAAAGCUGGAUCAUCAACUCCCAGAAAGAGCCACUGCCAACAUCUUUCAACUACACCCGGAAAAGGCGCAGGGUGAGAAGGAAAUUAAAAGUACUUCCAGUGUCAUCUCCAAGCAGCGGCAAUGAAAACCAGAUGGAAGAGAGAACAGCAAGACGAAAAGAUGAAAAGAAAGUGUCAAGGAAAAAACACACAUCCACCUCUAAGGGUGAUGAUUUACCUACCGUGGAUCUUGCUGGUGAUGUGCCAUCAGAGGAGCCCACAUGGCAGCUACUGGAUGUGUCUAUGGAGGAGCACUCUGUUGUGGAGCAGGAUGUGACACAGAAGUUUCGCAAUGUGCCUGGUGAAGAGACAAGAGAAGAAGAAAGCUUUAAGCGGAAGGACUCGGAUGCAUUAAGUGGCACUGUUGUGAAGAAGCCCAGGUUUCUCAGUUCGGAAACCAAGCACUUGUCCUCUGAGUCACCCUCUAAACCAAAGAAAGUUUUGAACUCAGUUGAGAAGGAAGAGCAGAUGAAGAGAGGUCAGGAGAUGGUUGAUAUGAGCACUGCCUUUUUUUCCAAGAUGCAGCACAAAGAUUUUGGUGAUUCAGGAGUGAUUGCUGUAUUUGAAAGUUUUACCAACCAGCUAAAGCAACUGUUCUGGUCCAGGUACAAAGAGAUGGAGAUGUCUGCACAGAACACACUGAGGACUUCUGAGAAGAAUGUUUCAGCUCUGCUGAAAGAGAUUCACAAGUGCAGACUGAACAAGCUGGAAGCCUUCAAGAAGAUUGUUGUGGAAGAGCUUGCCAGCCUUGAGAAAGAUACUCAGAUCUUGAGGAACAUGGAGAAGGAUGCAGUGGACUUCUGGAACGCACAGCUGCACAAACUGAAUUCUUUCUGCAACCAGCAGAAGCAAAGAAUUCAGUCUGUUGAUUCAGCCCUGGGUGAGACAGCUGAGAGUUUUGCCAGUACAAUUGUCAACACCACACACCAUGUCUCAAUGAAGACUGCAGUAGAGAAUGGUGUAUUUGUUGUUCCUUCUGACUAGCAGCCCUCUGAUUCACUGGAGUGUUUGAAAAUGCAGAUAAGAUGAUCUUGUGAAGGAGAUGAUAAUCUAUUUUAAAUGGAAAGAAAAAUAGGGAAAGAGAAAAUAACAUUGAUAGUGAGCUUUUGUUCUUAUUUGGUUUAAGAAUAGCUUAUGCUAGUUGAAUUGUUCCAUUUUGACCUGUGUCUAAAAUGUUGUUCCUGCAAAACUGUAAGAUAGGCUCAUUAAAUACCAAAGAAAUAGAAAAUGAACUAAGUAUAGUGACUGCCAACAAACUGAUGCACAUGGGCCACUAAGCUCUGGACUGCAGAGAAGAAAGCAUGAAUGGAUCUACUGGAUUUUGGCCAUGUGCCUGGCAGCAUUCUGCAGACUAAAGGGCAACAAACCUGGAGCAUUGCAGACAUAAAGGCAAGUGAAACUAGUGAAAUUAUUUCUAAAUCCAGUAAUUAUUGCUUGCUGUACUUUGUACUCUCCCAGAAGCCAAUGUUAGGAUUAGAUAAGUAACACCAAAGGUCUCUUGAAAACGAACAGCAGAUAAACUGUGCUAUUUAACAUCAUCCUCUCUUUCAACAAGUUGGUUUCCUAAAUUGCAGUUGCUCUUCACAGCAUUAAAUGCAGCUUGUGACAAACUUCACUUGUGCUGCUGCAUCUUAAUGAAUGUGUGGGAAUGUGGCGUGGUUCCAAGCUCUGUUUCUACCUACUUGCCUUGCAAAACAGACCUCAUGUUGCUGUGUGAGUUAGAAGCAAGGGAAUCUCCCCUGCACACAUUGUGCCUGCAUGGCAAAAGUCCAGCUCUGCCAGAGUUGUUUCAUCACUGAAAGCCUUCAGGUAGCUGUGCUUGCUCCCUCUCAAAAAGGUUGCAGUGUUAUACCUGAACUGAGAACAGUGAAAAUCCACAGCUGCUAUUGCUGAAACACUUCCUGCACGUGUAGUGCUUGUUCCUUUUGCUGAAGUAUUCCUGGGCUGGUGUGAGAUAAGGCUGCACUUCCCUUUAUGUCAAGGGGUGGCUGGUUCUUUCCAAGUUGAUUUAAAAGCAAAGACUUAUUCACUCCUGCCCUUCCUACAGAUCCAGAACCACUGGUCUGCCUUCUACCAUUUGUAAUGUGUGAAAGACUGGAGCUGCUAUUUUGUGACUGCUGGUUUGCCUGCAUUUCCUUGAGGGCUGUCCCUGGUUACCUGACUAUGGUGCAUCCUUCUGCUGCUCUGCAGGGUCUUUACAGCAGUCACUGAAACUCUGCUUUUGUAACCUGUGACCUUGGGCACUGUCACCUCCUUUGAGGGACAGACGUUGUCUUGCCUGGCUUAGGCUUGUUCACCUCCUUCAACAGCAUGUUCAUUGUGCAAAGGGAAGGUUUGACACAGGAAUCAUAGUGAGAAAUAAGGGCUCUCCCUGACUUAGGGAUCUUUUUUUUUUUCCCCUCAAACUAUGAUAGCAAUGACCAUUCAUUUCUGAGAUUCUUUUUGGUGGUUUUACUUGUUCUCCAGGUUAGAGCAGCCAAGCAUGUAAGUUUUUGUGAGCACAAGGGAAUAGAUGUUGCAAGUUCUGUUUUGCUAUGUCUCCCCACUGUUGGUGGAUGGUGAUAGAACACUAUUUUCAUAUCACCUAUAAAUGUAAAAAUAGGCAUGUUUCUCAUGUAAUUAUCUGUGGUAGGGCACUUAGAGGAAUAAAACUGCUGCAUAGUGUAUUUCUUGUUGAAUCCCUGUGUAAUCUGUUAGUAAAAAGUUUGGAAGGUGUGUUGAGCAGUUCAGGUGGCUUGAAUAAGGAGAAAACAUCCUCUUUCACUGAAGCAUGUAUGCAACAAUGGUAACUUUUAUUGCUUUUAAUUAUUUUACUGGACUCCAUAAGGCUGCUUUCCAUGUUAGGGUAGGAUGGGAGAGGGGGCAGAGCUGCCAUAUAGCUUAAAUGAUACUUUCCCCACCAGUUCCUUUCUAUCCUUUUAUAUGAAAUGUUAUCUACUGAGCAGCAUAACAAGUUAAGCCUGACAAGCUCUGAACAGCCUGAGCUGGGAGGGUGUGCUGGAAGCUUUGGUCUUUCCCAGUGGUCUUCACAUUUGUGUCAGCAGCGCGUACAAGUAUAGACAAUAUCUGGGUCAGGAAUGGUCUCCUGUGUUUGGACAGCCCAUCUCGUGCCAUUUCCCAUGCUGUUGGGUCAGUGUGGUAGCUGAAGUCCAUUUGGCUUCUGCAGGUGAUGUAUUGCAAAAUGGCCUUGUGCAAGUUACCCUAAAGUUUUCCACAAAAGAUCUGUUUGCUGACCCUGGUUUUUCUGUUGUUUGUUUGAUUUCUUCUGAGCUGGUCUUAUCACUUACUGAUGCUUUUCAUCAGCUCAGUGGUGCUCUUGUAAGAAUUACUGAGUAAGUUACUUUUUUUUUUUUUUCCCUCCCUUUUUUUUGAAAGUAGAUAAAGCUCAAUUUUCAUCCUGUUCUUCUGAGUGAGGACAACAAAGAUGAGUUUCACCCCUGGGUGCUGAAGAUGUGUGAAGGCAUCAAUAUGCAGAGAAAAAAGCUGGAGAGAUAGAGUGUGUGUUCAGGACAACUACUUCAUACUUGUUAAGUUCUUGAUCAGCUUAAUAAUAAACUCUUAAAGGCCCUGCUGUAUCUUUUGGGGAAUGAUGCUGGGCCAAGUUCUUGUUUGUCUGCAUGCUUUACAGUAGUAAAAUGGGCCAGCCAAGGUCUGGACUUGUGCUGCCCAUUGCAGGAAGCUGUAUGGCACUGUGACAGGGUGUCUUCUAUAACUGGAAUACACUGGCAGAGUGACCAGGAGCUGUGUACCCACGCUUGGCCUGCCUGUGGUCAGCUUGCCCUGCCCCUGGCUGUUUCCACAAAAGUGGUGCACAUGUUUGUGUAGUGAAAGCAAAUGCAGCAAUAGGAGCCUUCCUUGUCACGCAGACUGACUUUUAUGUAUUGCAAGCAAGAGUCGAGAAAACAUUCCCAAUAGCCAGUUGGUUAGGGGAAGCCCUACAAAGCUGGGGCUGAGUGCACAGCAGCAGCCUGAUUUCUUUCCUGUCCUUCUGGUAUUCAUGGAAGGACCUUCCAAAAGCUCAUUUUUCUACCUCUUCAUUUCCCAUUAUCCAAAACUAGCAAACCAAACUCAAUAGCUUUCUCUCUUUCGUUUUGCUUCUCACUCCUUCUGCACAUAAACGUGCCCUGUGGUGAGCCCAAAGCUGCAGGGCCAGGGUUUGUGCAUUAUCCUCUGUACUUUCAAUGUGAAAUAAAUGAUAUUUUUGAGAUUGUUUUCAGUUGAGACCUGGUAGCAGAAAAACUGAGAGAGGCAGAGUUAGAAUCAAUCUGAGAAUCAGAUGACCUGGCCAGAAAGUAUGAGCCUUGAACAAGCAAGUUGUUCACAUGCUGGCUUUAUUUGAUAGGUAAGUUUCUGCAGGUAGUGGUAGAGCAUGGAGAUUUAAGAGGUCUCACCUUCAAUACCUUGCAAGAUUAAAAUUGUGUGAAUUGUUUUGAUAGUUAAAUAUAACGUUAGGUCAGAAUAGAUGCAGUGUACAUGGCGUUUCUGUGGAUGCCACAUCUGAAUUUGUAAGUUGGCCAGAAGUCUUAGAGAUGGAUAAAUGUAACUCCCCAAACCCUGGUGUCACUUUGAGAACAGCCCUCCUUUCUGAGCAACUGUGAUUCCUUGCAGGGCAUUACAGCUGUGAAGAAGUUGUGUAUGUACCUUGCGGGUGUAUUUGGGGAUUUUGAUGUAUUUAGGGAGGAUGGGUCACUUAGUUUUAUUGAUUGGAUUGUUUUGGAGUAGAAGAGAUUUCAAAAUUUGUUGCCAACAUAGUUUUUGGUAAGUAGACAUUCAGGAAAACAACUGUAACAAACUGCAAUGCAGAUGAUGAAUGACUGGUGGAAAAAUUGCUGCGGGACAGUUUGGUGUAAUGUUUGAUCUUUCAUGGAUCCUGUGUAGGUGAUGCUGACACCUAACCAAGGGAACCGUAUCUGUGAGUCUUUAGGUCUGCUUCUGUGUAGAAGCACCUUCCCUGGGCUCGAGCACUCUACAGGAGGAGGCUGCUGUUGGCAGCAAGAGGCCCUUGUUACACCCAUCCAGUAGAACAGUAACACCAUGUGGGAACUGCACCUAUACACAGCAAAAGAGAGUUUGUGUAGGAGAGAGGAGCAAAACACCUACUGAAGGACUACAAAGAUGUCAAAUGCACAGAGGUUGUCAUUUUCCAUGAAUGCAGUUUGAAGCAUCCCAUGAAUGUGUUGCCUGAAGCCCUGAUAAGCUUGUGUGUGGGUAGGAGCAGCUUUCAGACCAGUUCUGUGCAACCAUCAGCUCCUACAUUGCCUUGCUCAUUCUGACUCUGACAUCAGCUUUUUCCAUCCAUGAUGACAGGCCUUGCCUCUUUGUGGUCACAUCUAGCACAGGGGCUUAAAGCAACAUUCCAAACUGCUUCAGUAAAGUUGGAGAUAUUUUUGUGAUGGCUUGCUUGCAAGCUAAACAUUUUUUUAAAACUUGUAAUAUCUUUUAUUUUUUAUGACAAUAAAACUCUAGACUUUUUUGGUUUUCUUUUUGUGUGAGACAAUGACAGUCUUUUCUUUUACUGUCCCAUCUGAAAUUCCAUGGCUGAACUGACUCCAGAUUCCCUUUUUUUUGUUGUUGUUGUUGUUAGUUUCAAAGAACUGCUGGAGUGAUGUUUUCUUCCACCCCCUAGGAAGCAUGUGUCAAUUAAAAAUCUCUCUUAGUUGCCAACUUUGUGCACCAGUACCAGCCACUGGAAAUUCAUAUGCUUCUUCCUAGGCCGUGUUGAUUGCUCCUUUAUUUACUUUUUUUUUCCUCCCAGGUAGAGCUCUUAAGUGAGCUAUUUUAAAGCCUUUAUGUAACAAAAGCAUUAGGCACAAGAAAGUGUAUUACUAGAAGGGAAGCCUGUACCCAUUAACAGGGUUCCACAGAAUGGUUAAACCAAACUCCUUUCCUCUGCAUAUUGGUAUGUUUGGAAUGCAUCAACCAUGAUUUGCCAAAUAUGCCUCGUUAUGCCUUCAUGCCUUCAUACAAAGCAAAAUCUAGAGGUUUCAUGCUGUUGGUGAUUGCCUGCUGUCAGGUUUGUCUGGAUGUGUCUGCAAGGCCUCUGUGCUCUGGAUGGAAUCAGCAGCUCCUUCUGGUCUAGCAUUGCCUGCAAAUUUGCACAAAGCGCCUUCUAGUCCUACAUCCAAGUCAUGCAUCUGAAUAAAAAAACCAGAGGAAUGAAGACAGGAGCCUGCAUUGCAUUUUGAGCCACUACUAAGAGGUAGGGCUGCUGUACCGGGGCAAGGGCAUUCA